AUGAAUCUCGCCAAUGUAAAAUCGGCCAAAGAUGGUCUUCUUUUUGUUGGCUUUAAUCAAGACGCUAAUUGUUUUGCUUGUGGUCUUGAAAAUGGUUUUCGAAUAUAUAAUUCCGAUCCACUUCGUCAAACACAACGGCAAGAUUUUGGUGAUGGUGGUAUUGGACAAGUUGAAAUGUUAUUUCGUUGUAAUUAUGUCGCACUUGUUGGUGGUGGAAAAUCACCUAAGUAUUCUACAUCAAAAGUUAUGAUUUGGGAUGAUGCAAAAAAACGUGUUGUUAUUGAACUUGAAUUUUCAACUGAAGUUAAAGGUGUUCGUUUGCGUCGAGAUCGAAUUAUUGUUAUACUUGAAACAAUGAUUAAAGUUUAUACGUUUACACAAAAUCCUCAACAAUUACAUGUUUUUGAAACAUGUACUAAUACUCGUGGUCUUUGUGUGGUUUGUCCAUCGGGUUCAAAAUCCUUUAUAGCUUAUCCAAGUCGAACAAUUGGUCAAGUUUGUUUAGUUGAUUUAGCUGCAACAGAAAAACCUGUUGUAGAAAUUCAUGCACAUGAAGCAUCUAUUAUGUAUCUUGCUAUGAAUAUGACUGGUACACGUUUAGCUACUGCAUCUGAAAAAGGAACAUUAAUAAGAAUAUUUGAUACAGAAACAAGUCAAUUACUUAAUGAAUUACGACGUGGUGCUCAACAUGCAACGAUUUAUUGUAUAAAUUUUAAUCAAGAUUCAACUCUUUUAUGUGUGUCAAGUGAUCAUUCAACGGUACAUAUUUUUUAUAUAGAAGAAUCACAUAAGAAUAAAUCACGAUCAUCAGGUGCCGUAGCAUUUUUACCCAAAUAUUUUAAUUCACAAUGGAGUUCUUGUAAAUUUCAUUUACCUGAAAAUACAAUAAGUAUAUGUGCAUUCGGUCCUAAUUCGGACUCAAAUAAAACAGUAAUUGCUCUGUGUUCUGAUGGUUCAUAUUCUCGUUUUUUAAUUACACCAAAAGGUGAAUGUGUACAAGAUCAAUGCCGACAAUUUCUUGAAGUUGGCGAAGAUGGUUCGAAUCUUAUUGGUGCUACAGCUAAUUGA